AUGGCACCGGCGGAAAGUCGAUCUAUGGUGAUCGCUUCAAGGAUGAGAACUUCGAUCUGCAGCAUUAUGGUCCCCGGAUGGCUUUCAAUGGCAAACGCCGGUCCCGACACUAAUGGAUCACAGUUCUUCAUUUGCACUGUGAAGACCCCAUGGUUGGAUGGACGUCACGUCGUCUUUGGAAAAGUUCUGGAAGGCAUGAGCGUCGUUCGCCAAAUCGAAAACUCUCCAACUAACCCUGGAGACCGUCCAAAGGAAGACGCAGUCAUCUCUGAUUGUGGUGAACUAACGCUUGCUGCACCAUUCGAGACUGAGAAAGCCCCCGUCAGUGAAUAG